CCCCUCAAAAGCGGUUAAAUUGACGUCCCUAGCAGGAAAAACAACUGAAACACGGGAGUUGCGUUGCAGUUUUAGAACGUUGGUCAAAGUUUGAAGUCAAGUUCGGUGCAAAAUGAAGCUUUUGAUUGUGUUCGCUCUGGUUGCCGUGGUCGCUGCCAAUUCCCAGAUUCUCAAAUACGAGAAUGUUGCCGAUGGCGAAGGAACCUACAAGUUUGAAUUUGAAACUGACGAUGGCACGACUCGCGUUGAACAGGGAGAUCAGAAGGGCGAAGAUCUGACCGUGCAGGGCAAUUUCAAGUUCGUUGCCGAUGAUGGACAAGAGUACAAGGUCAAGUAUGUUGCUGAUGGAGUGGGUGGUUUCCGUGCUGAGGGUGCCCAUGUCCCGAAUGAGUAUGUUGAUAAGCUGUCAACACUGUAGGUUAAAACAAUAAAUUAAAAAAAGGUUUUUGAAA